AGUUCCGGUCAAAAUGGCCGAACCAGAGGAUACGGCGAAUCUCAAAGCUCAACUUGAAGUUAUUUCGAAAGAAACUUCUUUUCUUAAAAAGUAUUUCGCAUUAAGAAAAAAAUGUGAACAGUUGCAACAAUCUAAUGAAAAAAUGGUCAACAGAAUUCAGCAUGUUAAAAAGCUCAUCAAAAGAUACAAACGAGAUAAAAGAUAUUUGACCACACGACUUGAUGAGCUUGGGGACAACUUUAGAGAUGUUCAAGUUCCUCUAAUGUGGGAGGAAGACCAGUUAUAUGGCAGCAUAAGAUCAAGUGGAAUUUUUCAGGGCGCUGGGUCAGAUUCUGAAACAGAAGGAAGGGGUAGAUUAGAACAUAAGUCUGCUUUAUCCUCUAUUCAACCUCUCUUACAAGCUCAUGGUCUUGGAGGCUUUGAAGCCAAGUCAAGAAAGAUCAGAACUGACAAAGAAAAGGACCCCAACGCCCCCAAAAAACCUGCAAAUGCUUUUCUUAUGUUUUGCACAACACAACGCACAUCUUUACAAGAAGAAUACUUCAAGGAGCAUAACGAAGAGAUCGCCCACCAUGAACUUACCAAGUCUUUAGCUCAGCAGUGGAAUGCACUUGUGCCAGAGGAGAAAAGGAUUUACUAUGAAAUGUAUGAACGUGAAAAAGAAAGAUAUGAACGGGAAAUGCGCAGCUAUAAACCUAAGACUGAAUUUGGUAGUGAUGCAAGCACAAGUGCCACCCCAGAACCAAGUACUUCAAUUAAUGAAGCGAUAAGCAUGUCUUUCAAAGAAGAGUUGGAUGUCUGAAAUAGUGUGGUACACAGUUAUUACUUUAACCUCAUGAAUAGAAGUUUAAAGAAAAGAUGCUUCUUCUGAAUAUUUUGCCGCACAAGUCUGUGAGAAGAAAGGCACAUACUAACUUUUUUGUCUGCCAUUUUAAUUUUCACAUUUGUAUAAAAAAAUUUCUUCAUAUCUGACUGUAAUUUUUAUAUAAUUGACGUAAAAAAUGUUUGUAUAUAUGUAUAUUUUACGAUUGCCACAGUAUUAUUUAAUAAUAUUAAUAAUGCUCUUCUUGUUGUAAAGUUUUACUAAAACAUUGAGUUGUGCCAUGGUCAUGAUAUUCAAUACCUUGACAAACUUUAGAGUUAAGUCAUUUACAUUCAAGUACUCACCUAUAUUCUGCUGGAAAGAAAUUAAAUGAUUCUUUUUUUUUUUUUGCAAGCUUUGGAUUUAAACGUUUGUAAAUGUAUUUCAGUUUGUGUGUUAAAUACCAUAAUAAUCUGAACUGUUUAAAACGCAUAUUAAUAGUUAAUAGACAACAAUUGUGUGCAGAAAAUGUGCCCAUUGAUUAUGCUUCUGUCUUGUAAUUAAUCCUUUCAGCCUCUAGCUCCAUUAUCACCUCUCCCUAAGAAAACAUGACAAUGCCAUAAAAAGUAGGCCUACAUUAAGAAUAAUUACAUGUAAAAAUAAUUGAACCCCAAAUAAUUGAACCCAAUAAAAUCCUUAAAUUAUAGGCCUGUUUCAAUCAAAUACGCUUUAUAUACUAAUAUAAAAUGCAGAUUUUUUUACAAACACAACUUAAUUGUUAUCACCAUGUGAUAACCAAAACAAUGCAGAACAACAAAACAAAUAUAAAGACACAUUGUUUACUCGAACACAAUACGCUAAAUAAAAAUAAGUUGUUAAAGACCAGAAAAAGUAGUUAAUGUAAGUCCAUGGAAACUAUGCUAACAAGCAUCAAAGACUGCUAGCUACUAGCUGCCUACUCUCUGAUGUGUUGUGCUCUUGCAGUAGUUUUGAAAGUAUUAAUGUUGAUACAGUUUUGUUCCUUAAGAUUCAGCAUAAGAGCAUUAGUAAAUCUGAGAAACAAUUGAUUCAGUCUACCAGUCUGUUUUAUUUGUAAUAAUUGUAAUGUGAACAUGCGUUUGUAAUAAUGUUCAUGAUUUUUAAAGUUUGUUUUGAAAUGUUAUGUCAAAACUUGAGGUGCUAAAAUGUAGAUGUAAAAGCUGUUUAAAUAAAUAAUUUUGUUGCAA